AUGCAAAUUUGCAAAAUAGAGGAAGAAGUGUGCUCUUUCAUGGGGGUUGGAAUUCAUUUAGAAAAAAUGUCUACUUCUUCCAAUUUUGCCAUUCCUAUGCCAGCAAAAGUUCUUAUAGCUUAUGAUGCUACAAAAGAUAGCAAUGAACUGGAGUUUAUGCGUACUAUUAAUGGGAUUCAAGCCAGGGGUGAUAUUCUUCAUUCAGGGGAUACAAUUAUUAUUCUUGGAGUUUUACAGAAGGUGCCACAUCCUAUGGGAUAUCAAAUGCAAGCAUGCCCAGAGUCCUUCCUUGGAACAACACAUGACCGUGUGGUUGGAGAGGUGGUCUCCAAGAAGGUUGAUUUGUAUGUGAAGAUGCUUCAACAAUGUGCUGACGAAUGCGAAAAUGAGGGGUUUGACAUUGAAGUUAAGAUCACUGCUGGUACUCCAAUACGAAAAGUUGUUUUGCAGGAGGCUGUUGCAUCCAAUGCAGCAUGGGUCAUACUUGAUAGGCAUCUAAGACGAGAUUUGAGGUUUUACCUGAAGCAAUUACCUAGCAAGGUGGCAGUUGUUGGAGAUAACUUGUCCUUGACAGUCAUGAGGCCAUUCUCUAUUACUGAUACAGAGACAGUAGAACACAAAAUGGUUUACUCUUUGUCAAAACAUGUCCCUUUGUCAUCUCUUAUAAAUGACGACAGAACUGAGCUAUGUGGCAUGUCCUUCCAAAGCAACUCUACCUCCAUUCGAUCAUUGGAAACCUCUGAUAUGGUGAGAAGCAACUUGGUUCCAGCAUUUGGAUACAAUCCUCAGGAUCAAAAUAUAUCCUCCGAUCAUGAAGUCGUUCCCUGUUUGCAAGCUUUCAUCACAGACACGUGUAUUAAAGUUGAAAACAAGUUUCUCUAUUCUCCAACAUUAAUGGAGAAUUUACAGAAAAAGCCUGGUUGGUUGAGAUACUCUGAUGCACCAGUUCUUUGCACUGGUUGUGGUAUGAAAACUGAGCCAGAUAUCAAAGAUUCAAUGAGGUUUAGCUUUUCAGAGAUACAGCUUGCCACGAACGACUUUUCAAAGUCUAACUUAAUCGGAGAAGGAGGCUAUGGUCAUGUAUACAAGGGCGAACUCAAGGAUGGGCAGUGCAUUGCUGCGAAGGUGCGGAAGGAAACGAGUACGCAAGGGUUUGCAGAAUUUCAUUCUGAAAUAUAUGUUCUAAGCUUUGCGCGGCAUAAGAAUAUAGUGAUGCUUCUGGGAUAUUGUUGCAAGGAGAACAUUAAUAUCUUAGUCUAUGAGUACAUCUGCAACAAGUCUCUUGAAUGGCAUCUAUUUGAAAGUCCAGACAAUGUUCUCGAGUGGCACAGAAGACAUGCUAUUGCCAUCGGAACAGCGAAAGGGUUACGUUUUCUGCAUGAGGAAUGCCGUGGAAGCCCCAUUAUUCACCGUGACUUGCGGCCAAGCAAUAUAUUGCUCACCCAUGACUUUGUUCCAAUGUUGGGCGACUUUGGCCUUGCAAAAUGGAGAUUGGAUGAUUCUGCGCACACUAGGAUACUUGGAACACUAGGCUAUCUCGCACCUGAAUAUGCAGAGAACGGUAUUGUUUCUGUGCGGACAGAUGUGUAUUCAUUUGGAAUCGUCCUGAUACAACUUAUGUCAGGGCGCAAAGUUUUAGAUACAAAUAGAGAGGAUCAGCAACAGUCCUUAAGGCAGUGGGCUAUUCCAUUGAUCCAGAGGCUUGCAUUGCAUGAGCUUAUUGAUCCUCGUAUACGUGACUCAUAUGACACGUACGAACUGUACCACAUGGCAAGAGCUGCUUAUUUGUGUGUACAAACAGACCCUGAGAUGCGCCCGUCAAUGGGGGAGGUUUUACGGCUUCUUGAAGGCGAAAGUGAUCACUUCAGUCUCUUAGCAGAGCAAUUUGCACCCCAUUUCAGUAAAUGA